CGUCCAGGAUAUUGGGCGUUACAACGGUGGAUCCUACCAGCACGUCGGUUUUGCAAAGCUUUGUGGCUUUCUAAAGGACAAAGCGUACCACAGGGUAUUUCUAGCCCAGCGCCACUAGAAACUCGCCCUUUCACCGACACUUGCAAUCCUCCAAGGCAGUCCCAGAAGACCAUCCGCCCUGCAGAUAGGGUUAGGGUUCAACACAGAUCCCCGAGUCCCGCAUGACAAAAGGACCUCGAGAGCUAAAACAAUGGCAACCGAGGUCCUGCCGCCCUGUCCGCACCCACAAUCGAGCCCCCAACUCCGCGACCGAAGCGGCCGCCUGCUACAUAAAUUCCACAUGCCCCCUACGGCCGGCACGCCCGCGUCCUCGGACGACGAAUCCGAGGCGUCCUUCCACACGUCCAGGAAGACGGUGAGCGCCGGCAUCGGCGCGGCGGGCGCGGCGGCGGCGGCGGUGGCAGUGGCGGUGGCGGCUGCUGUUGCGCCGACGACGACGACGCCGCCGCCGCACCGCGACCUCGACGACCUCUACCGCGAAUUCCUGACCGCCAGGGCCGACGACUUUGCCGGCCUGCACGAGUACACGAACCGGCUGAUGGCGGUGCGCGACGAGCUGGCCCUGGCGGGCGAGCACAUCCCGGACCGGCUCGUCUUCAGCAGGGUCGAGCUGGGCGCCCGCAGCGCCGCGCAGCACGAGCUGACGGUCAACCUCGCGCUCGCCAUCUGCAACAAGCGGGCGACGAGGUCCCCGGCCGAGCUCGUCCGCCAGCUGCUCGCCGUGGACGGCCUCCUCGAGGCCGAGGAGGGCGCCCCCGCCCCCGCCCCCGCCCCCGCCCCCGCCACGGCCAAGACGACCGCGACCACGACCGAGACGACAACCACGACCACGACGGCGGGCGGUGGCUCCCAGGACGGCGGCGGCGGCGGCGGCCGCGUCGCCGCCAUCGUCAGCAGCAGCAGCAGCGGCGGCGGCCCCGUGGAGCGCAAGAACUUCCACCCCACGUGCGGCAAGUACCACACGGGCGGCGACGAGAAGUGCUACGUGGUCCUGGGCAGCGGCAGCAAGGAGCCCAACCCCAACUACCACGCCCGGUGUGGCAACGUCCACGCCGGCGGCGACGACAGGUGCUGGGAGGUGCACCCGGAGCUGAGGCCCCCCAAGCGGGCCGCCAAGCCCAAGGCCGUCGCCGUCGACCAUGACAGGAGGGCCAGGUACGCCGACGCCGACAACGACGACUACUACGACAGGAGGCCCAGGCACGCGGGCCCCGACGACUACGAUGACAGGAGGCCCAGACCGCCGGGCCCCAACGGUUACGACGACAGGAGGGCGACCAGGCCGGCAGGCGGCAACGACUACGACGAGAGGAAGGCCACGCCGCGGCCCCUCCAAUUCGCCCGCAGGGGAGGCAACCCGGGGAAGCCCCCCCGGGGAAGCCCUACGUCCUGGUGGUCGACUACGGGGUACUCUGAAUAAGCUCCGGCUUGCCGGCACACCCCUGCCUUGGGGCUGAAAAUGGCGUCGUGGGUGGCCGUCCUUGUAGAGCAUCGACUUUCUUUGUCUUUGCUGAUAUUAUGGGACAAGAAACACGCUCUCGCAAGCCAGGGUGGAAGUCGGGGUUAUCCGAGCUCGGGGGAAAGUGCCACUCCAUGAAGGUAUAUGGGGGCGUUGAUGGCACGCCUACUCUGGGCGGGAGUGUCUCUUUCCUUAUCAUAACCAAGAUUUCACCACACCAUUGUACAAGAUACAAGGCUACCUAUCUAUACACAUGGCUCUCAUGGGUUGGUAGAAAACCAUGCCUUUUAUACUCGGCUAGACAGCUAGGUAGCCGACAGACUACGACACACAUGUCCGGAAAAAAAUGUAACUGUCAGUCUAUUGCCAUGAAGUUCAGUAGAUGGACUCUAGAGCUAGGCAUGUAUACAGCCCCCGUAGCGCAGCUACUCUACGCUACCUUGCCUAGGCAGCACAUGUUUUGGGUGUGACGGGGCGCAACCCGCCCAUCAUCUCGCCUCGAAAGGCCACGUAUUCAGUGCCGGUUUCCUUUUCUGCCCCGCCGCCGCCGCCCCCCCUGCGUCCUGUUCGAUUUACGCGACAGUCUUUGUGACGUCGACCUUGGUCUUGUCUGCGCAGCCCGUGGUCCGUUGUCAGCAGCCCCAGUCACGCAAACACGUUAUCCAUCAUCACACGGCCCAACAACACCGGUCAUGGAGGAGCAGAGAAAAAAAGGAAACUUACAGAAAGCCACAUAAUCCUUGAUGUGCUCGGCCUUGGGCUUGGGCGUCGGGUAGUACCAGGCCGCGUUCUCGAGCGUCUUGUCUGUUUUUUUUGGUAGGUCGGUCUGUUGGUUAGUUUGAAAAAGGGCAGAAGAGGGUGAGGUGGAGGAGAAGAAAAAAAAAAAGAAAAGAAAAAAAAGAACGAACCUCCCACGGUAAUGGUAUAGUAGCUCGCCUCGCCCUUCCAGCCGCACGUGGUGUGGAGGCUCGUCGGGCCCGAGAACAGGUCGCGGUCGAGGGCGCCUGGGGGGAAGUAGACGUUGCCCUCGACCUCCUCCCACUCGGUGGUCUCGGCGACGGUCUUGCCGUCCACCGACGCAGUUGCCUUGCCGCUAACCAUUUUUUUUCUUCUUCUUCUUCUUCUUCUUCUUCUU